AUGGAGUACGCUCAGGUGAUCAUUGUUGGCGGUGGCAUUGCAGGUCUAGCAGCUGCAAAAACUUUAGGACACAAUGUAAAAUAUGUACUGUUAGAAGCACAGAAUUAUCUUGGUGGUCGUAUUUUUACGGUAGAUGCAGCACCUCAGCUCACAGUCGAUUUGGGUGCUCAAUAUGUGCAUGGCGAUAAGAAAAAUUCUGUCUAUGAGAUUUGCAAUGAAUUAGGCAUUAUUCUAUCUGACGAUGAAGAUUCCGAUGAUGAGACCACGGUUGCUACAUCGGACGGCAAGAGUGUAAAAUCUGACCUAAUGGACAAGGCAACUGACUUAUGGGAGCGAGCACGAGAAAAAGCAGAAGAAAAAUAUGAUGAUCGAGCAACGCCGUCGCCUGUGUCAUUUGCUGAUUUUGUACCGGGAGACUUUCAAAAACGAUUGUCAUCUUCUUCAUCGAUUUCCAAAGAUUUAAUUCAGCCUCUAACUGAUUAUUUUAUGAAGCUAGAAAUGACUGAAACUAGUUGUAAUACAUUAUCGGAUUUAAAUUUAAUAGAAUACGUUGCCUACGAGGAUCUCGAAGGUGAAUAUGAAAAUGAUUUAAAAAAUGGUGGAUAUCGGCCAUUUAUAAAUUAUUUUAAAUCGUUCAUUCCAAAUGAUAAUCGUGUUCGUGUGAAUUGUGAAGUCAUACGCGUGAAAUUUAUCGAAGACGAUCGAAAAUUAUUGAUCGAAGUGAAUCAUCUAAAUGAACAACGUACGAAAACCAUGAUAUGUGAUCAUAUUAUUUGGACGACUUCAUUAGGUCACUUGAAAGCAAACUUUCAUUCGAUAUUUGCAGAUGAACCGAGAUUAAUUCAACAGAAACAACAGGCAAUUUCUAACCUAGGCUUCGGUACAGUAAACAAGGUGAUGUUGAUAUACAAAAAGAAAUUUUGGCAUCGAAAAGCCAGCAGUAUUGUAUUAUUGCAUAUGGAUAAAGAUCGAUCAUUUGAAAUAUCGGAUGCGUUAAGACAAAAACUUCAAGUUGAACGAGUCGAUUCGCAAAUAGUGCAAGAUAUUGCUAACAUGCUAUUUCAUUAUGAUGUACUACCAUCAACUGAUAUACCAGUUCUAAUCUGUUGGUUGGUGGGUCCAACUGCAGUCGCGGCUGAAAAUCUGAGCGAACAAUUAAUUGGGCAAAUUUGCCAUGAAGUUCUCUGCCGAUAUUUAAAUAUUCCACAGGAGAAAAAUCAGCCGGUUCAAAUACUCAGGAGUGCGUGGCAUAGUAACAAAUAUAUUGGAGGAUCGUAUUCGUAUGCUUCAAUUGCAUCAACUAAACACGAUCGCCAACAAUUGGCAGCAGCUUAUGCACCCGACGGGGUUCCAAGGGUUCUAUUUGCUGGAGAGGCAACGCAUCAGCAAUACUAUUCAACUGUAAAUGCUGCUAUGGAAACUGGUAUUCAAGCUGCUAAAAGGAUUCUAUCAGCUAUUGACUGA